CCGUCCGUCCUUGCCUCGCCCAAGCCUCGCUCAGAUCUUCCUCUCUUGGAUCUUUGAAUUCAGCAUUGAUUGACUCAGUCAAUCCGUUCGUCAAUUCUUGGGCCAGGAAUACCCCGCCUCCAGCCAGCCAGUCCUGUCUUGGCUCAGCCUGCCCCGCCUAGUGGAACUUGAGACUGAGUGCGUGAAUCCCGCCUUCCUCGCCAGGGACCUAGUAGGUCGGCUGUCAUGAAGUCGGACGGGACUUCGAGGUCCUCGGGGUCCUUGUCGUCCUCGUCGUCGUCCUGUGUGGAUCGGAUCGGCCAUUGGGUGGACGCCCACGCUCGCGGUCUGUCUUACACUUUUUACGCCGUGGGUUUGGGCGGUUUGGCCUUGUGUGGGCGGAGUCUGCAUUUGAGCACGCGAUUUACGGGCGUGGCUCAGAUUCCGGAGGCGUACUUCGCCCAACAACUCCGAUUGACGGGCACCGUCCAAGCCGUCCAAGUUUGGACACCCACAUCACAUUCAGAGAAUUUGGUGUUCUUCGUGGUCCAUCAGCCCAUUUUGUCGUUUUUCCGCCGCCGGACUGGGCACCAUCCGCUACCCGUGAUCUGCGCGGCCUUGAAACUCGAAGCCCAGCCGGAUAUCCAAACCCUCGGCGACAAAGCUCAGACUCUAACCCAAAGUUGGUCGGGCCAGACCAUUCAAUUUCGACUGCUAAAACCCCAGGCACUCUCUGUCAAAGUGGCGGAUGAGUCGACGGAUGCGGUACUGGCGCUAAUUGAACGCAAACCGGGUUUAUUUCGAAGACGGCAGAAUUUAGGUGUCGAAUUAGUGGCCCUAGGUCAUGCGGUCCCGGCCGAAUAUCGCCUCCAUCUACAGGAUAGUCCCUGCUACGACCGAUAUUACCAGGAACUACUACAGGCUGAGGCCGUGGCCUUGAAAAAGAACCGUGGGAUUUGGCUGAACGAAUCCCCUCAAGCCGGCCUUUGGUCUAGAUUUUGGACAGCAGUCCGUCAACGAUUCACCAAGAAAAUCUAGCGUGGGAGCCUAUUUCAAUGACAUUAUAUGCGCAGUCGUUUUUAGUGAUCAAUAUGGAGCGGAAAUGGAUUUUUAUCGCCCUAGCCCUCGGUUUCGUGUCCAUGGGGACGCAAGGUCUCGUUCUGGUCGUGUUGUGUUCAGUGCUGCUCGUGACCGGUGUAUUGUGCACUUUGUUUGCCUUGAGUGACACCGUUCAGUUCCGACAAAGGCUGCUGGAUUCGACUCAACGGUACAAACAAAUUUCCCCGGGCAGCGUUGCCCAACCUUUUAAAGCGGAAGCUCAACUGGCCACUGAUCCCUCACUAACUGGAUAUGGCAAAUUAGAUGAAGAACUAGAUGACAUUCUGAACUACGUGUUUCGCGAUUAUGUUUACUCGUGGCUCUUCUCCAUCUCUCAUUCCGAUGAAUUCGUAUUGCAAGUGCGAGACACACUCCAUGUGGUUCUUACCUCAUUGUCGGAACGCGUCCGGGCCGUGGACUGGAUGCCUUUCUUGACCACAAGACUUGUCGACGAUGUGGCCACUCAUGUGCGGCUCUUCAAGCGAGCCCGGACGAACUACAGAACGAAAAAGGACGUGGCAGACAAUGGCAAGAUCACCGACUUGGAAUCCCUCUUUUUUGAUGCCGAAGUUUCUAUGGAAAGAGACGUGUGUAGGGAUCUUGUGUGUACCAUCCACCAGGAGGAGAUAACUUAUCUUCAAGAUGUUUCUGAGCUCCUGCUUUUCCUCCUGUUACCCCAGGCUGAUUUUCGCGCAGGCCCCUUGAGAACUGUGGUCCGAGAGCUCUUGGUCAAUGUGAUUUUGAGACCCAUACUUGAUGUGGUGAGCGAUCCAGAUUGGAUCAACCAGAAUAUUGUUUGGCUUUACAAAGAUUCUGUGAUCAAGCCUGAUCUAUUCAGUACAACGCUGAGGUUAACGGAGUCCGUGCAAGAACUCCAAGCUACACGAGAUAUCGUUUCCGACCACAUCAACCACCUUCGAUCCAAUGACUCGAAAGGUGAGGAGGACUCGUCCUUGAAACAGCAAUUGAAUUCCUUAUUGAAUCUGAGGAAGUCCAUCGAUAAUCGCAUCAACCGCCUUCAGAGUGGUUCGGAUACGGAUUCCAUUGGUGUGCCUACUCACGUCGAUUGGAGGCAAAUGAUCGCACCCGGCCUAACCCUCUUCCCCUUGCCCAUCGAAGUGGUGCUCAAGAAUAACAUAGCUUUGAGUUAUUUCAUCGAUUACAUGUCCUCAAUCGGGUGUCAGUCAUACAUCUUCUUUUACCUCAACAUCGAAGGAUGGCGAGUUUCGGCUGAACAGCAGAUCCUCCAAUUAGAUCUGGAGGCUUUCCGGCGACAAUCGAACGCCCACGCGCCUGAAAGAGAUGGGGAGGAAGAUACCUUUGUCAAAGUAGAACUUAAUCGGAAGGAUAUUCUCGAUAAGAUGCGUGAAGCCGCUCAUUCCAUAUACGAGGAAUAUCUCUCGGAGAAGGCCAGUCCUCGGCUGAAAGUGGACGACUCCGUUGUCAAGCGACUCCUAUUCAAAAUUCGAACCGAGCCGCCAGAUUUGGAAUGGUUCUGCGAGAUUCAAGACUUGAUAUUUGACAAGUUUCAAACCGACGAGCGCUUCCUCGAGUCUUUCAAGAAGUCCAUGGGCUACGUCAAACUUUUGGCCGAACUCGACCUGCCGAAAGAUCGCAAUUCCAAGUUCGACUUGGACGAUCAAUCGUCCGUGGGGGAAGAGCCCAGUAUUUACGACUCAUCGAGUAUCCAUUCAGCGGAUGCACGGCUGGAGAGUCAAGAUGAAGGCGGUCCAACGAGCUUGGAGGAAGUGGAGGAUCUCAGUACAACGCUCACAGCGAGCAGGAACUCGGAUUCCGGACUCGGAUCUUUGACGACCUCGUCCACUACCAUGAAAUCUCAUAAAAGAACGAUCAGUGAUUGCUCCCUCCUUACUGCCCCAAGUCAUCGCCGGAAUCCAAGUCAAGGAAGCUUGGGCUCCUUCAACGGAGGAAAUGAAUUUAUCAGCAUUGCCGGUCCGGUUCUACGAGCGGAUAUUGAAAAAGUGGAAUCAGUUCGCGAGCAUGGAAAGACGUUCGCCAUCUACACGGUUCACGUUACGAGUAGAGAUCCAAGCGGAGUCGAAUCAUUCAAAUACAUUUUAAGACGAUAUUCUGACUUUCACGCCCUGCACGAGAAGAUCAAGAGUCUCUUUCCUCCGCUUUCUCAAUUGGCAUUUCCAAGUAAAAGAGCAUUUGGCAAUUUGGAACGCGACGUGUUGCAGCGACGUUUAAACGCCUUGAAUCAAUACUUUCAGGAGAUUUUGAGGAUCGAGGUUCUCACUGAAUAUCCCAAAUUGCUCGAGAUUUUGCAGAAGUUCUUGGAGGAUCCCAAUCAUGGUAAAGAGCGGGCUCAGUUCUCGCAAGUGGCUAAAGCUGUGGGCUCCGUUCGAAGUUCUGUCAAAUCGAUGUCCAAUGCUGUCACUUCAGUGCCAGGACAACUCUUUGUGACUGUUGAUAAUGUUGUGGAUGGGAUUAGCAAAGUUCUGUUGUCAAAGCCGGUAGAUGCCUCAACGUUGUUCGAGGAUAGUCGGGUCGGCGCAGGUCUUGAAAUGGACAAUCCGGGUGAUAAUAUUCCAUUGAGAGUUAUUCUCCUAUUCAUGGACGAAGUGUUUGAUCUGAGGGAACGCAAUCAGUGGAUUCGACGGUACAUCAUUUCGUUCUUACGACAAGUUCUCAAGGCCAUGUUUGGUGAUAUCGUCAAUCGACGAAUUAUCGAAUACUUUGCCCACCUCACUUCGCCUUCCACCUUGAGCACUUAUCUAAAGGCUUGCAAAGAAAGCCUCUGGCCCCAGGGAUACCCUGCCGCUCCCCGACCCCAGAGGGACGAAAGUACCAAAAUGCGAACUCGAGUGGCAGCUCGAGUGGCCCUCUACUCGAGCUUCUCAGAGGAUUUGAAACGUGCUAUUGGCUCGGAAACGUCCCGAGCUGGACUUCAGAUGCUCUUCGACAUGGUUCAGCAUCCUGUAUUGAAUAAGCGAUUGGCCAUCUUACUCUUGGAGGGGUUUCUCGGGUCACUCUUCCACGAAGAAAAUUUCCCCGCACUCUUUAAAAGACUGCAUUCUCGAUCUGGACGAGUUCGAGACGAACUGAAAAACUCGCACCGCAAAGGCUCAGACCUUCGACGAAACUAGAUAGAACCCUCCACUCUCUUUCGGUCUUCCAUGUGGCAAUUCAUAGAUCUACUUACCGCAUUCGAGGUCCAAUCAACCACCAAAGAAAGUGGGUAUCGCCAUCUUUGGUGAUAGUCUCCGAUAUAAAUGUGUACACCGACCGACCAGGGCAAAAUGUGAUAUCAAUCUUUUUUUUUUCUUCAAUAUAAUUGAUGCCAUAGGUUCGAUUAUUUUUCUUAGAUUUUCAACCAAUAAAGAAUCUAGACUGUC